AUGACAAUCACAGUAUAUGCGGAUGAACUCCUACGUCUAACCGUCGAUGAUAUUGGAGAUGAGCAAUUCUUCGAGAUCAAAGAUCAAGAAAACGAGACUGAGGAACAUGUAGCACAUCUACGAAAACUCGCUGAUGAACGCGACGAAAGGGAUCGGUCGCGGGCGGUGGACGCAGGUGAACUUGGCAGACGACUAGGGUACGAGCGAUCCACCCGUAGGGAUAAUACUGACCGCAAAUACAGGUGUCUUCCUACCGCAGAUUCAUUCAUCCCUUCCUCCCACCGUCACCGCUCACCUUCCAGUUCAUCUCUCGACAGCGAAAGAGAUAAAGCGGGGGCUUGGCAAGAGCAACUGGAAGCCCAUCAUGAACUGGUGGCUGACGGAGGUCGACCGUCUCAUCCUAUAACUCUUGGGUGGGACGUGAUAGAAAACUCCAACAAUUAUGAACAGUACAAGGACAUUAUCUGGUUUUGGCACUGGAAGGGAGGCUAUUACACAGUCUUUUUUACUCAACUCAUGGAGUGGAGGCGAUUCCGAGAAAUGCAAGACAAGAGGCGGAGUUAUUACAUUCCACAAAACAGGUUUCAAGAGUACCAAGACUUGGUCCGUGAGAGCCAAACAGACGCGGGAUGGAAAUACGACCUCCGAGUGCUCGAGGACCGACACCAACAGAACCGACUGGAAGACUGGAAUGAGUUUCGGGCAGUCUACUAUCGGAGGCUCAAACAAUGUGAGAAACGGGUUGCGCCGGCACAUGCGAAUCUACUUGUCAGGGAGAAGGAAUUUGAAGAAACCCAAGCACGACUGACCGAUGUCAUUACUGAUACUCAGGUCCUGUAUAGCCGAUUCAGCGAAAUUCGAGCCUCACAGAAAGAAGUGGCGAAAGCGCAAUCUAGAGUGGAGUCAGCCGAGGAGGCGUUACGAGCAGCAAGACAAAGCAGGUCAAAGACAAAGGCAGAGUUGAUGAGGGUGGCGCACCAGGAAAUCGCUUCUGCGAGGGACAAUUUAAAGCAGGUAUCUGGUACUGAGGAAAUGAGAAGACUCCGUGAUGGGUACGAUCUGCACAUAGCCGACAAGGUCAUGGUCAUAGCAAGGGGUAAGUUGAGAGGAGCGGAGCUCGACGUGAAGAGAUGGAAAGUAUUUCUGAAGUGGGUCGACGACCAGCAUUCAGCCAUCGCUGCCGAAUGCGGGUUGUUCACCAAUAAUGCCCUGGAUGCCGUUCCUCAAACCAUCACACGAAAAGAAGAUCCGCAGAGGCAGAAAGAGCGGCCUCAGCUCCGACAAAGAAAACAAAAACAAAGACGGUCUGUCCUAAGUCCAAAGGCUUCAUCGAAGGUCUCGAAAUCCUUGAAAGCUAGAGUUGGCUCUUCCAGUUUACGUCCAACGAUCACAACACCACUUCACGAAUCUCCCAUGCCGGCGGUUGCUUCAGCUCAGCAAGGAGAUCAUGAUGACAACAGAAAAUCGCGGCUACGGCCAUGCCCAAGUACGUCACCACUCAAGCCCACUCGUCGCAGCGCUCGAAUCGCAGAAAGAAUAAAAGGCCUACAAGAUUCCAAUGCACUAUCUAAAACCGCAAGGAUUAUGGGUGGAGAGGCGCAUGAGCUGUCACAAGUGAAACGACAAAUGGAACAGAAUAUAAAGGCAGCAACGAAGAGUAGUGAGCGCCUCAAAGGCAGGCAUCCAUCGAAACCGCAAGGCGUGUCAAAGCGAAGGGGCCCUCCUCGAUGA